AAGGAAAAAAAGAAGGUAACGACCUUCUAUGAGACCGGAUCUCGUUCAGUCGUCUCCUCUACUUGACAAAACAGCGACAGACAGAGACGAGCGAGGGCUUCUCCUACUCCGAGUCUGCAAGAAGCUCCUCACACAGCACACGAGCGCCGAGGCUGCGAGCCAACCAAUCCCAUUGAAGAUCGAUCAGAGAUGGGUUUCAUCGGAGAAACCAUCGACUCAAUUAAAUCGAUUCAGAUCCGUCAGGUCCUCUCUCAGGCCGUCAGCCUUGGCAUGAUUGUGACUUCUGCAUUGAUAAUAUGGAAGGCGCUAAUGUGCAUCACUGGCAGCGAAUCUCCUGUGGUCGUUGUUCUUUCUGGGAGCAUGGAACCGGGAUUCAAGAGAGGAGAUAUUUUAUUCUUGCACAUGAGUAAGGACCCCAUUCGUGCUGGGGAGAUUGUUGUCUUCAAUGUUGAUGGUCGUGAAAUCCCAAUAGUGCAUCGUGUAAUUAAGGUACACGAACGACAAGAUACUGGAGAAGUUGAUGUCCUCACAAAAGGUGACAACAACUAUGGAGACGACAGGCUCCUCUAUGCUCAAGGGCAGUUGUGGCUUCAGAGGCACCACAUCAUGGGCCGAGCGGUUGGGUUCUUACCUUACGUUGGGUGGGUGACGAUCAUAAUGACUGAGAAGCCCAUUAUCAAAUACAUCCUUAUUGGUGCUCUUGGGCUUCUUGUUAUAACCUCAAAGGACUGAUAAGUACCCAAGCCGAGUGCACCGCAGUUGUUGGCUAUAUGAAGGACGUAGACUUGAAAUACUAGCUACUCUGAUGUUUCUCCUCUUGACUCUUUUUCAUUUGUCCAACUUUAGAAAGGGAGAUCCGUUACAAAAGCAAGUUAGAUGAUUUUUGCCUCUUGAGAUUUCAGAAUUGGUCACGUCUCCAUGUCUUAUAUAAUGAUACAGCCAUAAGCAAUUUUGGCUCAGUCUUA